AAGGGGCCGAACCGGAAGUUGGAUGUCUUCCCUUGCCCGAAUUGCUCGAUGGCUUUAUAGACAAACAAUAGCAUACUUCAACUGAAUUGGAAAUAAUAAUUGGUCCCUUUAGCCAAUUACAAGCAGUGGAUACCCAUUAGAUUUAAAGUAUUUUCAAUUACAAAGAUAACAUCUGCAAAGGCUGCAAGACGUCAGGAGACCAAUCACCGUCCCUGCAUAAAAUCAGGUCCGUGAUACUGAGCGAGGGGCCGUGCAAGCGGGGCUUGUAAAAGGAACUCACCGUGGUCGGUCGUAGUGUGUGUGUGUAGAGUGGAGCCUAGCUGGGCUCUCCAGGCUCCUGACAGACAUGGGGCUGAUGGGCUAUAUCAAGACCCUGUUCGUCCUGCAGCUGCUCAUGGGCUUUGUGUUCGUGGUCAGCGGCCUCAUCAUCAACUUCAUCCAGCUGUGCACCUGCCUGCUCUGGCCCUUUAACAAACAGCUGUACCGCAGGAUCAACUGUCGGCUCUCCUACUCUCUCUGGAGCCAGCUGGUGAUGCUUCUGGAAUGGUGGUCAGGGACAGAGUGCACCCUCUACACAGACCAGGCCACGGUGGACAUGUUUGGCAAGGAGCAUGUCAUCGUCAUCCUCAACCACAACUACGAGAUCGACUUCCUGUGUGGCUGGACCAUGUGUGAACGACAUGGAGUACUGGGGAGUUCCAAGGUGCUGGCCAAACACGAGCUGCUGAAGGUGCCACUGAUUGGCUGGACCUGGUACUUCCUGGAGAUAGUCUUCUGCAAGAGGAAGUGGGAGGAUGACAGGGACACCAUCUUCAGCGCACUCAACAGACUCAAAGAUUACCCUGAGUUUAUGUGGUUCCUGCUGUACUGUGAAGGGACCCGCUUCACAGAGAAGAAGCACCAGAUCAGUAUGCAAGUGGCAGAGAGCAAAGGCCUGCCUAAACUCAAGUACCACCUCCUACCCAGAACCAAGGGUUUUACCACCACCCUGUCCUGCCUGAAGGGCACUGUAACGGCCGUGUACGAUGUGACCCUGAACUUCAAAGACAAGAAGAACCCUACUCUGCUGGGCAUUGUCAACGGCAAGAAGUACAGGGCAGACAUGAGUGUCAGGCGCUUCCCUGUGGAGGAGAUCCCCUCGGAUGAGAAGGAGUGUGCUAACUGGCUUCACAAGCUAUACCAGGAGAAGGAUGCACUGCAGGAGCACUACCAUAAGGAGGGCUGUUUCCCAGGCCCCACAGUCACCUCCGCUCGCCGUCCGUGGACGCUGCUCAACUUCCUUUUCUGGGCCACGUUGCUACUCUCGCCCCUCAUCAACUUUGCCUGCGGUGUGGCGGUCAGCGGCUCGCCACUCCUCAUCAUCGGCUUUCUCCUUUUCCUCAUCGUAGCCUCCGUGGCCAUCCGCCGCCUGAUUGGUGUGACCGAGGUGAAGAAGACAGGCUCCAGCUACGGCGACCAGGAGGCCAAGAAACAAAACUAGAGGCCCCCAACAUCCCCUCCCCCCCACCCCUCCUUGUUUGCCGUGCAACCCCCCUCUCCCCUCCCCACUUUAAUCCAUCUUCCAUGCUCUGCCAGCCACCAGGCUGAGUGGGGGGGGGGUGACGAGAUGUAACCUAGAGACCAGAGUGAGAGAUAUUGUAUGAAAGAGAGGGAGAGAGAAUGAUGAAUAGAGAGAGAGAAAGAGGGGGAAAGAGUGAGCGAGAGAUGACUGUGGAGGGAGAGACGUGAGAACAGAAGGUCUGUGGGUGUGGGUCUCUGAGGAGUAGGAGAGAGCUCCAGGGCUGACAGACUCUAACAGGGGUGGUGCUGUUCUCAUGUUAGGACCAUGGUUUUCUCCCCGGCUCUCAAUCCUCUCUCAUCUCCCUGACCCCCCACUUCCCCGUCCACCCACCAACCCCUGAACCCACUCAGGUCACCUGAACAGCCAAUCAGCUUGCUCCAAUGCAGUGCAAGAAGCUCACCUCCUCUUUCUAAGGUGCCCCAACUCCACCUCCUGUCACCUACUCCGGUCAUCCAGCCAACUACGGCCGAGACGACUCCUCUGGAGACCAAGCCCAUGAGAAGCUUACCUCUUCUCUUACUUAGGGCUUGUUUGUUUUGAUUUGCAGUGCAGAUGUUACUUCAUUGUUCCUGUAAUGUUACAUUACAUGAUGUUUCCUAAAAUCUCACCCCUACACUCUUAACACAAACCCACACACUCUACAAACUAGCACUCCUGCUAGGAGCCUGUACGAGCAAGCUCCCCUGCUAUCGAACCUUGUAAUGGAAGGUGUUUUGAGUGGACCCUGUACUGUCUUCUAUCUGAUGCUGGCUCUGUUCACGUGACUAGAUGAAGCGUGACUUAAGGACCAGGCACGCAUUUGCAAUGAAGCCACGUUGAACAAGCAGAGGCAGGUGCUCCACAGGUUCGGUUUCCGUGAUGCAACAAGGGCUCUGAAUACAAAGGUCUCACGACAGGCGUAGUUCCUUUCGGGGGUUCCCAUACUCCCACCCACUCCACAUCCCCCUUUAGCCUAGCCCUCACGUUCAGCUCAUCUCUCUCCGCUGGUGCUUGGAUCUAAGUUCUACAAUAUUCUCACACCCAUAGAAGCUUACACACAUGAGUGCAUUGGAUGGCCAGCCUGCUCGGAUUCGUCUUUGCUGAAUGACCCAUUGUAACCUUGACCAGAGAAGUCACCCCAACCUCCCCCGCUCCAUCAUUUUAAAUGCAGUACAAACUGAGUGAAUGCAGAGCUGGACAAAGGACUUGUCAAGCGGUUUCAGCUCACUGAGUAGACUGCACGCAACAGCUGCUCUCCUAGAGUCCUGUCAGCGUUUGAUGUCCAGCUCUAGAUUGUAGUAUUGUUUUACUUUGCCUUAAUUCAAGUUUGCUUAUGCUAGGCUGACAGAUCCAACCCCCUGCCGAUCCCCCAUAAAACUCCUCUCCUUUUCACCCCAUCACUCCUGUCCUAUUUCCUCUACCUAGGUUUUACUUAGAAUAGAGUAUUGUGGGUAAUGGAGUUUGUUUAAUGUAGGGCUGUAAUCAUGCAUCACAGUGGGUGAAGUUGCCGACAUGUUUGUGGGGUGGCGGGAGCAGUAGGAUGUUUAUAAAUUACAAUGCCUCCUGUUCACUACUGUAGCCUGAUCAUCCUUCAUAGCUGAAAAUGUUACAUUACUUUGCAAAAGCUGCUUAGGAGGGUGGGAGUUUACUGUUUCUAAUGAUUUGGUCGAUGUUACUUUAGAGCUGUGUGCUACUGGCACUUCGGCAUAGACGCUGCAAUAGCACCUGCUCUUGAAACCUCUUACAGUUUAUAACUGUUUUUGUUUUGUUUUAUAGAGUUGUGGUUAGGAUUGGUUCUGGUUUGGGUUAACAUGGGGGUUAACUCUUAUGUUUUGUCAUUUUCUCUAUCCCUUCAUAUGGCCGAGGGUUAGGUUACUCUGCUAUGGUAGCAACUCCACUUGGUAGCAACUGCAUAGAAGGGGCAAAUAUAUGUCAUGUUGUCUUUACUGGCACAGCUGUUCGAUGCUUUGACAGUACGUAACGUGGAAGAUGUCCUCAUCUGUCCCUGGGUUUGGGAUGACAUCCUUUGUUUCAUUGUCAUACUCACCAUGUUGUGUUCUUCUGUAACCCCUACUCAUCUCUUUAGAUUUUAAAUGUUUUUUCAACCAGGACAGACUCAUGCAAGCCUUAACAGAGUGAGAGUGCAGCUUCAUUGAUUUGUUUUCGCGUGGACAUUUAGAUGCUUUCUGAGCCCCCAAUACCAAACACUCCUCAGUAUUUACAUUCUGUAGCUUACUGUUUCUUAGGGUUAGUGGAUGACUUAGCUUGUUGUAAGGCUGAAUACUUGAAGGGUGAAAGGCCCCAUGAUUAAGAUCUGCUCUGAGGUUUAGCUAAGACGGCUCCCCCUUCUCCUCCUCUUCACGACACCCUCAGUUGCCGCCCCGAAAGGCGCUGAGCCCGAUGCUAGGAGCUCCGUCUCAGUCAUUAAUUAAUUCAACUCACGCUUAGGACCUUGACACGUGGGUAAAGUUUGAGAGAGAGAGACUGGUCCAUUCCAUGUUUCCUAGUAUCCCAUCAUGCUCUGGUGACGCUCCUCUGGCCGUGUAGGAGGUUGUUCUGAUGCACGUAAGGUGUAAAUAUUCUAGAAGGGACAAAAGGUCAAAGUAAAGUUUCAACAUGAUUUAGACGUUUUUUCUUACACUGGAGGUUUCAAAUGGAAUAAGGGAAAAAAUCCUCUAACUAGUAAUCUAAUUUUUUUUGUUAUGAGUUCUGAAAUUGAAGAAUGAAUUAACAGUAGAAGAUAAGCACUGCAAUCUGACCUUUUUCGGCUGUAAAGUUAUUUCACUUAAAGUGGCACCUCUUGAAUCAGCUCUUAUUUAUUUGUCUUUUUUCUAAGUAUUUGUAUCUGUUGUUUCUUCAAUUAAACAAUUACGAACAUUAAAGGAUUUAAUCACACCUAUCUUUA